AUGCUUCUAUCCUUGGCACUUCUUCCUUUUGCUCUCGGCGCCGCAGUGCGCCCGCGAGGAUCAGGGCUGAAAAACGUGAAAAACGUUGUGGUUUUGGUACAAGAGAAUUUGUCUUUCGAUCAUUUCGCCGGUGGUCUCACCUAUGAUGAUAGUAUUGACGGAUUAGUGGACCGCGAAUACUGUAACCCGGCCAAUGUGUCAAGCUCGCACUCUGCCAAAGUCUGCGCCCGCAACGAAGCAGCAAAUAUCGCAACAGAUGAUCCAAAUCAUAGCAUCUCGGGGAUCAACAUGCAGAUCUUCGGCACAUACCAUCCACUUGCGAGGGCACCAUCUUCUAUGGAUGGUUUCAUCACCGAGCAGCGAGCUUCCUACCAACAAGACAACUUGACCCGUGCAGCGGAGGUGAUCGACUACUUCCCUCCUGAACACAUCCCCGUCUUCAACGCUUUGGCGGAGAACUUCGUCCUCUUCGAUCGAUGGUUCGCGGCUGUUCCGGGUCCUACCAAUCCCAACAGAGCGUAUCUGACCUCGGGCACAUCGUACGGCCACGGCAUGAACGACAACACUUUCCUCGUCUCGGGCCUUCCGCAAAAAUCCAUUUUCGAACAAUUGUCGGAGAAGGGAAUCAGUUGGAGUAACUAUGAGAAUUCAACAAGGUCGGAUCCGCCUUUCUUGCCAGACGCUCUCUUCUAUGAAUGGACUGCAAAUUCCAACGGCAAGAGCAAUGUGUUGCCGAUCGAGCGCUUCUACCAGGAUGCAAGGGCCGGUAAACUUCCCCAGUUCACCUGGAUCAACCCAGAGUGCUGCAACUAUAUGUCGAUGCACCCACCAUCUCCAAUCAACAUGGGCGAAACCUUCGUGAAAGGUGUCUACGAGGCGUUGCGCAACUCUCCCCAGUGGAACGAGACUCUGUUUAUUCUGACGUGGGACGAGCACGGCGGGUUUGCCGACCAUGUGCCUCCGCCCACUGAUGUUCCAGCUGGUGACAGUUUGACCUAUACGGAGCAGGCUCCCGAUGGCCGGGGCUACACUUUCCACUUUGACCGCUUGGGGGUCCGUGUUCCCACGAUCCUUGCUUCUCCGUGGGUUGAAAAGGGGCUGGUUCAGGGUAAGCCUGCCGAAGGAGAUAGCGAAUACACGCAUACCUCAAUUCUAAAGUUCCUCUCUGAACUCUGGGACUUGGAAAGCCUGUCGCCGCGCGUGGAUUGGUCGCCAUCAUUUGGUGAUCUGAUCACCUCCGAGUAUCGCUAUGACACCCCUAACUCACUGCCUGAUGCUGCUGAUUUUUAA